AAAACAAAAUGGCGGAUGAAUCUGAGAAAAUAAGUGUAGCAUGGAUUUAUAGAUUAUAGCUAUGUGUACUUAUUUACGUAGAUACAUCUGUUGUUUCCUAGUGAUGUCUAAUGGAGGUUUACUACCUGAGGACAUGUGAAUGGAUGUUAAUUAAUCAAUAGAAUUAUUAAUAGAAACAUGGAAGAGAAAUCAUCAUCAGGACAGUGUUCAGCCAGUGAUGAUGAUGAGGAGCAAAUAAACCCAUCAAUAUCACCAAAGAUUUCACGUCCAAAAUUGCCAGAGUUUAUUGGCAAUGAGCGGGUUUGUCCUGGCCAUCAUGGCAGAUCUAAAACAGAUCCUGGUCAAGGGGCAGAAAUUAAAGCUCUCAUUGAUAAAACAAUGGAAGAUAUCAAAGAACUACAGCAAGUUGACUUCAAAAAAACAUACAGUCGACCUAAAACUUUUCCCAAGGCUAAAUCCCAAUCAACACAUGUAUCUCCAUUUACAUCUCCCAUACCCUCACCUUCAGUUGAAGAAAACCCAUUGCUAAACAGAAACAGAAGUCGCAGCCUUAAAGUUCUCACAGAUAUUCUUAAAAGUGGUCGUAUGGGAGUGGAACAGCAACGGAGUAAUCCCACAGAGGAUGGUGCUAAAUCUAUCAGUGAUAGUCAGUUGUUAUCAGGAAAGAUGAAAGAGUGUGAUAGACGGUCAAGUUCUGAUGGUCUUCUAGGAUCUCCUGGUAAGAUAAUCGUAACGGAGGAUCAACAACAGUCUCAGGCAAUUAGAAAAGGGUGGAUCCAUGGCAGGAAAAGUGACAGUAAAAGUCCUGCUUUGUCUGAUGAUGAAGGGUUAGAUUCUGAAGGUGAACAAAAACAAAUAGGACAUACAGAUACGAAUUCUCGCUUUUUAAUGUUACAUAAAAUAGGUGCUCCAAAACGAAGACCUGCUUAUGCAGGUUUAAUGCAAAUUCAUAAACCACUGCCAGAACCAUGUAAAAGUGAUGAACCAAGUUAUAAACGUUUACAACGUGUAGAAUUACGACCCAUCAGUAGCAAUGGUCGUAAAACCUCUAAUUCUAGGCAUAUUACUCACCCCCCUAAUACAAAGACUACAUUCCCCUUGGAACAGGGUGCUGUAGAUACAAAUGGUUUUGGUUCAUUAUCUCAUUCUUAUGAAGCUCCACCAACAACAUCGUUUGAUUUGGAGUCUCAGCCUAGUGACAUAUCAUUAGCUGACAGUCAGUUAGGCCAGAGUCUUGUCAGUGAAGAUGUCAGUAUUAAUAGUGAAAUUAUUGCUUUGGAAAAACCAAGAAAUGGUCGUGGAUCAAAACCCAAAUCCAAAAGUGAUCCUAUAGGCAGCAAGUCUAUAGACAAUGCUGAUAUACCUGGUGUUCUAAAACCCUCUCACAGUUCUCCACAUUUAGCUAAGCAAGAUACAAAGGAGGAGGAGGAGGAGAUUGUGUUAAAUGAAAGUCAGCAUACAGAUCUGAUAACAGACCUUGAUAACGAUAAUAGUCAUGUACCAUUACAAACAUCUCAGUCUUUUGAUGAAUCCUUCAACAAACCUCCAUUAUAUGUAUCUAGUUUUACAUUUGAGGAUUCUACUCCUACAGAUAACUCUCCUCAGUAUCUCACUCUUCCUAAUACAAACAAGAAAAAUAUUGCUAGAAGUGUCAGUUCAGCAAGUGUGUUACAAAGGGAAAGAAAAUAUUUAGACAGAGAGAAUAGUCUUAGGAAGCACAGUAUAGCCAGCAGUGAAUGUAAUCCAGUGUCACUGUUUCCACCAAGUAUUAUAGAUGUUCAGUCUACCAGUAUGCCAACUUUGUGCAAGAAAGAAAACAAGGAUAAAAGGUACCACAUUGUAGAAGAGCUGUACAGAAAUGAACAAGAAUAUGUUGAUGCUUUGUCUACACUGAAGGAUAAAUACAUGUUGCCGCUGAAGUUAUCUAGUAAUGUAGAUGAUAAUAUUGUAGACAAUAUAUUCUAUAUGGUUCCUGAAAUAUUGAUGCAUCACACUGUAUACAAGAAUGCUUUAGACAAAGUCUGGAGAACCUGGGAUACAAAGUCAAGCACAGUUGGAAAUGUUAUUAUUUCAACAUUUUCCAAAAACACUGUUCUGGAUUGUUACCUGUCAUUUGUAGAGAACUUCAAGACUUCUGGUAAAGAAAUAGAAAACAUCAUACAAAAUAAAUCAUCGAUACAAAGAUUUAUAGAGCAAUGUCACAGAGACAGUGGAAGUAAACUGACAAUGAAGGAUUUAAUUGUUAGACCAGUGCAAAGAAUCCCAAGAUAUGAAUUACUCAUUCAGAGAUUAAUAGAGAAUACUCCAUCUAGUCAUCCUGAUUAUGAUUUAUUAAAAGAAGCUGACAGAGUUCUUCAUAACUUUGCUAUUAAACUUGGAACAUUGGAUGAGAAUCGCCAGGAAGAAGAUUGCCAAGACUCGCUGAAAAGAUUAGAGCUUUUGCUACUAACUGAUCUUGUGUCUCCAGACAGGCAAUACAUCAGACAUGAUAUGGUACAGAUAAUUAGUAAAAAGGACCAAAGUUGCGUUUGGACAUUUUCUGAUUUAAUUAUAAUCAGUAGUGUCAAAAGAAGAAGUGGCACUGUUCCGAGGAAAACAAUUAUACUGAAAUCAACAACUGGACAGGAUUUUGCAGAAAAUAUCAAACAGAAAGUAUGGGUCAGGGUAGGCUUAGAUGAUGUUGAAGUUGUCAAAACUGAGUCAAAGUUGAACAGAAAGCCAUCAGUUGAUCCUGAACAGAUUGAACAAGAUAUACACAGAUUGAAUGAAAUCAAUGAUAUAGCAACACAACUUAGUUGCCAACACUCAGAGUUGGAUGUUGCUUUAAAAGACCUUCUAAUCAUGUUGAACAAUCAGUUGUCAGAAAUACAGGCAAGAAUGAGACAGAUAGACUCCAACAAACUAGAUAUCAUAGUGACUACCCAAGAAGGUGUUUUCCCAUUAGAGAUAUGUUUUAGUUCAUCAGAAAAAAGAUCUGCAUGGGAAGCGGCUUUCUACGAUGCAAAACAAAAAUUAGCCAUUUUGUCGAACAAGAGAGCACCUGAAUUUUUACAGCCUUUGCAGAUAACUAAAACAAGAGCUGGAAUGCAGUUUUCUUGCGCAGCAGCUAUAGAUGGUGUAAAUUGUACAGGUUUCCGUGAUGUGUGGGUGUGUAAUAGUGAUGGUUAUGUAGGUCACAUGUGCCUACUAAGUCUUCAACCAGAGCCAAUUGUAACACUGAACACACCAGUCCCAGGCUGUAACUCUAGGAUAUUAUGUAUUUGUGCUGUACCAGCUUAUAAUGGGAUAUUUAGAAGGAAAUCAAGUUCAAAAAAAGGAAAAACUGCAACUGUACCAGAUCUGGCAAUAAAGAUUGAGGAAGAUCAAGAGGUAGACGAAGAAGGGUAUCAGUCAGACGAAGAACUCAGUGAAGAUGAUUCUGAUGAAGAUAGAGAGGAAUCUGAUGAAGAAGAAGAUGACAAUUUUAAUGAAACAGAGAAAAGAGAUUUGUUUGUCAGUGAGAUAGAAGUGCGACGCCCACCUCCUUCAGACCUGACCCAAAGUUCACCUGAUACAAUAACAGUGUCUGGUAACUGGACACAAGAUGCUUUCAAGAGUACUAUGUGGCUAGGAACAGAAGAUGGAUGUAUACACAUUUUCCAGUGUACAGAUAAUAUUAAGACAACAAAGAACAAAUUGAAGAUACAUCAUGGAUCUCCUGUUUACUGUAUUGUUUAUCUAGAUAACAAAGUAUUUGUUUCAUUAGCCAAUGGAGAUUUAAUAGUGUAUAAAAGAGAUACAGAAGGUAUAUGGGAUACAGAAAAUCCAUACACACGUACCAUUGGAACUGUGACUUCACCAAUCAAUCGGAUGUUAGCUGUUGCUGGAAAAUUAUGGUGUGGUUGUCAGAACAUGAUUAAUGUUAUAAAUCCAUUGACUCUAAGAAUAGAGUCAUCAUUUCAAGAAAGCCAAGAUUCCAACAGAUCUGUUCAGUGUAUGGUGACAGCAGGACAGGGAGUCUGGAUUGCACCACACCAGAGUUCAAAGGUCUUGUUACAUCAUGCUACAUCUUAUGAGUUCCUGCUGGAAGUAAAUAUAGCCCAUGCUGUCACACAGAAGUUGCAAUCUGCAGAUGACAUUAUUAGACAACACAAAGCUGCAUGUUUACGUAUAACUGCCUUGUUAAUUUGUAAAGAUCUUCUUUGGGUUGGAACUAGUGCUGGUGUUAUUCUUACCAUACCAAUGCCAAGAAUUACAUCUACAACAACAAGAGGUCAAAUGACAGCCCCCUCAGUAACAGGUCUUGUGUAUGGACAUACAGGACAUGUUAGAUUUUUAACAUGUGUUGAAAUGAAUGCAGCGGCUGCAGCAACUUCCAGUAGGACAGAUAAUGAAGAAGAGUCCACACUGCCAGAAAACCUUGCCAUAAAAGACAUGCCACGGAGAUCCUCUGUUGCUGCAACUACAGCUACCAUGGCAACAAGAAUGCUUGUGAUAAGUGGUGGUGACGGGUAUGAGGAUUUCCGUACCACCUCUGCCAAUGAAUCCGCUGGACGUGAUGAUAGCACAAAUCAUUUACUAUUAUGGCAUGUUUGAAAAUAAUAACUAGUCAACCUUUUAUAUAUUAGUCCCCUGGUGUAUUUAUGUUAUACUAGUCUCCUGUGUACUUUAAUGUUUAGUCCAUAUGGGGCCAGAAGUAGGGUAACUCAAUUAAUAACAUUAGCUGACAUAUCUGUAGACCUUAAACAUAAGACUGCAUCGUUUGAUGUUUGCUUUCAUCAUUUUUAUUAAUUGAUCAUCUCUGAGCAACUUCUAAUGACUGUUGUUGAUAAGGAUCCGUGAAUUAUGGAGAUCAGUCAAAUUAUUCCAGAUCUAACAUAGUUUUUUCUUUGUUUUUUGUUUGAAAUUUUAUUUAUAUUUGUAUCUCUUUAUUAACAUCUACAAUAGGCUUUGGAAAAUUCACCUUUUAACAGAUUUUCUUUCAAUACCAUUUUUCUGUAAGCAUGAAACUAUAUCUUAACUAGAUGGAAAUGCAUGAUUUUUAAAUUUUUGAAACUUUUUGUAACCAUCAUUUACGGUACCACUUCAGCUAAAACUUACCUAUUGGUAAUACCUUGAUCUAACUGACUGUCAACCAUAUUACCAAAUAUUCAUGAAAUAUUUACUCUGACAAUCAAGUAUGCAGAUCAAGACAUUUCAGUGUGUCCACACUUUCACCAUUUUAUGAGUCUAUGAGUUAAAAUGGCAUAGAAAUUAGAUAAAUAUAUUAUAUAUUAGUUUGCAGUAAACCAUUUCCAAAAAAUCACUGGCUAAAGUCUGUAGGGUGCAUAUAUGAUUCUCAUAUAUGAUACUUUAUUCCAUUAUGACCUGUCAUUUAACGAUACAUGUAAUGAAAUAUUUUUCUGAAAAUCCUUAUUUGAAAUGUCGUUUAGAUUUUAUAUACAUAUAUAUUGAGGGACAAUUUAAAACCUGACAUAUUUAUAAUUAUACCCCACGCAACGGGUUGCGGAGGGUAUAAUGUUUUUGACCCGUCCGUCCGUCCGUCUGUCAGUCCGUCAGUCCUUCAGUCCGUCAGUCCUGUUUCUUGUCAUCGCAACUCCUCUCAAACCACACAACAGAAUUUCAUGAAACCUUUUCAGAUAAUAAGGACAUACUACGUAGAUGUGCAUAUCGACAGGAAAUUGCGAUUCAAUUUUUUUUCUAGGAGUUGCGCCCCUUUGAACUUAUUUACUUUAAUGUACUACUGCAACAGUUUGUCAUCGCAACUCCUCUCAAACCACGCAACAGAAUUUCACGAAACCUUUUCAGAUAAUAAGGACAUACUACGUAGUUGUGCAUAUCAACAGGAAAUUACGAUUCAAUUCUUUUUCCAGGAGUUACGCCCCUUUGAACUUAUUUACUUUAAUGUACUACUGCAACAGUUUGUCAUCGCAACUCCUCUCAAACCACACAACAGAAUUUCAUGAAACCUUUUCAGAUGAUAAGGACAUACUACGUAGAUGUGCAUAUCGACAGGAAAUUACGAUUCAAUUUUUUUUCCAGGAGUUACGCCCCUUUGAACUUAUUUGCCCAAUAUACUACUGCAACCUUUUGUCAUUGCAACUCCUCUCAAACCACACAACAGAAUUUCAUGAAACCUUUUCAGAUAAUAAGGACAUACUACGUAGAUGUGCAUAUCGACAGGAAAUUACGAUUCAAUUUUUUUCCAGGAGUAUGCCCCUUUGAACUUAUUUGCCCAAUAUACUACUGCAACCUUUUGUCAUCACAACUCCUCUCAAACCACACAACAGAAUUUCAUGAAACCUUUUCAGAUAAUAAGGACAUACUACGUAGAUGUGCAUAUCGACAGGAAAUUAUGAUUCAAUUUUUUUUCCAGGAGUUACGCCCCUUUGAACUUAUUUGCCCAAUAUACUACUGCAACAUUUUGUCAUCGCAACUCCUCUCAAACCACACAACAGAAUUUCAUGAAACUGUGUAGAUAAUAAGGACAUACUAUGUAGAUGUGCAAAUUGACAGGAAAUUAUGAUUCAAUUUUUUUUUCUGAUACAAUUUUUUUUUCUUACACUUAUUUUAUUUCUCCAAUGACAAUGUGGGGACGUGGGGUAUGUGAUCGCGCUCACUAAGGUUCUUUCAUUAUUUAUCUGUUUUAGGGUAAAGAUUGCAUGAAAUUCAAUCAAAACCCUAUGGUACUGGCUUGAUAUCUACAUCUUCGUAGGUUGAUCACUACCUUUGAUAGUUCAAACAAAAUAGUACAGUGAAGUGGUCAUUAUUUAGACCCUAUCCAGUCGUUUUCAUGCAAUUUAUUGAUGAUAUGUUAUACUUUGAUAUUUAAGUUACAAUAUGAUGUGUAUUUGAAUAACCAUACUAGACAAGAAACCAUUGUUUUAUUAAAAAUUACAUAAGCAAUGCAUGGUGUAUGAAUUUGUUAUAAAAAUAGGUUCAUCUACAAAUGUACAAACAUGAACAAAGGAAGAUAUCUCCAACUCCAAUUUUAACUAGCCUAGCAAAAUACAAUCCAAUGCUUUAUUCAAAAAUUCACAAAAUAGCAAAAUGAAAGCAAUCUUUACCCUUCAGUGCUCACAAUCACUUUGAUUGAAGACUAUGUGUUAACCUCUAGAUGUUUUUGGGGGGUUUUGUGUUGUUUUGAUGCUACUCAUUGACAUAUACCAAACAUCUUUUGUUCAUAUUAUGUAAGUAAGCUGUAAGGCAAACCACUUAAAGGGGCAUAAGAUGACAAAUUCAUUACCCCCAAAUUGACUCAAACUUAAAUAUAUACCAGUAUUACAAAAGUUCCAUAGGAAACAAUAAACAAUGCAUGGAAUAGUAAUAAAGUAUCAGAAUUCUGUGUGAAUUUUAGGACCAGAUGCCAUCUAAUUAACCAUAGAGAUGACAUACAAAGACUGCCUUUGGUUAUGUGACCGGAUAUAAAAACUAAUACAAAUAUCAAUAGACAGACAAGCAAGUGCACUAGUAUUAUGAUGAUUUUCUAGGUCUAUUUGGUUUUAUGAAUGGAUAAAAUAUAUAUAUAUAUAUAUAUAUGUUUAACCUCUGUAAGAAUGAUUUUUGUGGGCAGAAUAUGUGAAUGUAAUGAUUCUUCCCAGUUGCUCCCUUGAUUCACUUUUCAUUUUUUACAUUCUUUUCUUUUUAAUAACUGAACAUCCUGAGCACAUACCCAAUCAAUUUCCAGCUAACGGUCAAAUUAAAGGUUGUAUUUAUACAGGCCUUACAAAAAUAUCAGACAAUUAUUCAAGACAAGAAAAUAAUAUAUCAUUGAUGUUUUUUAUCUUGAUAUAUUUGCAAAAUUGAUCCAAACUGGUUAAUCAGAGCAAAUUAUUAUUUCAAUAUUCCGCUUAUGAUAAUGUUUGAAACAAAACAAAAUCAUGCUAUUAUAUACCACUGUAGGUUUCAGAUUUAUUUGAGCUUUAAUUUUUAAGAUUGAGAUUCAUACUAUUCCUUUAAGGAUGUUCGCUCCUCUUGUUUUUGAAUAUUUUGCCAGAUAUUCGGAAUCCUCUGGUUUUAUCCAUGUAGUGCCAUUAAAAAUAUUUCCCCACUAACCCCUACUUUUCUUUUCAUAAUUUUAUUACAUAUAGUUUUAAAAGCUAUAUUUGAAAAUCCUAUAAAAUCCUUGUUAUUUUUUCAUAUUUUUUCAAAGAAAAAGGGUGCUAAUGUUAAAUGUAUGAAAAGUCUAGAGAGAAUUAUUUCCCGCCAAAUUUUCAAUGGCUUAUAUCUCGAAAACAAGCACACAGACCCUUCAUUUUUUUCUGCUUUUUUAGUUCCUUUAUUUAUAUACUAUCAAUUUAUAAAAGUCUUUUAAAAAGCUUGUUAUUUUGAAACAGAGUAGCGAACAUCCUUAAUUUUCUUUUCAUACUACUCUGAAUGUUUAAGAAUGUAAUGAGCAAUCUCUAUAUUCAGAACCUUACUUUAAAACUUUAUCUCUAGAUAAAGGUUAGAAAUUGUCCAAUGGAAUACACCUUAUCGCUAUUUGUCCGCCAUUACUGGACAUCACACAGGUUCCCGUAAAAUUUUGACGUCAUAAUACAAAAUAUCUGACGCCACAAUGGAAAAGUGAUUGUUGUAUGACGUCAAUAGUUCAAGCGGGACAGAUUCUCAGGUCAGCCGGGAUUAGCGAUAAGGUGUAUUGUCAAGAUAAAUUUAUUGCAUACCUGCCAACUUUCAUGAUUUAGGCGUGUACUACACGAUAUUGACCCUUUGUCACGAUUGCACGAUCGGGAUCGUGGAAAAAACCUCUAAAACACGAUUUUGUGAAAUCUACACGAAAAAUAUGAUUGUUCCCGAUAUUGAACUGUUCCCAAGGGAAGACAAUCGUGAUCAGCCAAUCAAAUUCUGUGUUUCUCAUGAUCAAAUUAAUAAGCCAAUCAAAAAUGUUUUCUAUUAAGAUUAUUCUAACAUGCUAUAUUUUGAACUUGUGUUGUAUUCCUCUGUGCAAGGAUUUGUAUAGUGCUCUGUGUGUUAGUCUGAAUUGUAAAAUCGUGAACAUGGAAGGUUAAUUUUCAUCUGCAAGGAGGUUCUUAAACAGCUUAAGAAUAAAAGCAUGGCUGAUUGACAAAAUUCAAUGAUGCAGUACUACCAUAAUUUGGCAUAAAGAUAAUAAAUAGUAGUUUAUUCACUAAUUUAUUGACAUUACACUUGCUGUAACAUAUGUCAUUUUUGUAUUCAAUUAAAUAACCAAAUGGGGCAAAUCAUUUAAAGUACAAUGUACUAUACAUUUUGUACUUCAUUUUUCACAAGGACCAAACAAACAGGUACGGAACAAACCCCCAAAUGAGGGGUAUAUCCCUUAAAUGAGGGACUGUCCCCAAGACAUUAAGACAAGGGGUCAUUUUACUGUUGUAAAAAAGAAAAAAGAAAAAUUUAGAUUUUUUAACUCAAAAGUGGGAAAAUUCUUUAUAUUUGGAACAACUUUAAAGUCUUUUCUAAAUGAGGGGUCCAAUUAUUUUUAAUAAUAAACAUGAUAAAGAAGAUAAUGUCCAGGAACAUUACAAAAUUCUUGGACAUGUUUUGACCAUAUAAUACCAGAUAGAUGUAUAAUUCUUGAGAAAAAGUUUUUCAAAUAAGAUAGAUUUAUGCUCAUUUGUACUUAAAAUUGGUUUUUAAUGUCCUUACAUUGAGGGGUUACCCCUCAUUUGGGGUGUUGUUCCCAACCUGAUAAAAGUCCUUCUUUGUGCAUAAUUUUAAAUUUUAAACGUCAACAAUCAUUUAAUAUCCUAACACAAGAAAAUAAAUCCUGGUCUUCUAGCUACAGAUUCAUCUUUUCUACUGAUAUAUUAGUAAUAACUAGAAUCAUGCUAAUAAACUUAAGAAAAAGGCUUGUUAGCUCAUCAUACAAAUAUGACACUUUUUCUAGACCACAAAACAGCACGCGCAAAAUAUGUUGCAAAGAAUUGUUGUCGCGCACUAAAACCCCCAUGGGGAUUUUCAAAAGGUGGCAGGUAUGUUAUUGAUCAAAUGAAUGUGACAAUCAAACAAAUAUACAUAUCAUAUUUAAAGUUGUUUAUAAUAGUUUAAUUUUUAUAAACAAAGAGACCAAUUAAAAAAGACAUUAAUAAAGGGUAAUUGGUCAUCCUGAAAAUAGACUGGGCAUUUGAUAACUAGUGGUUGUAUUUAAGUUGAAAUUUUAAAACAAUAUGGUUCAUAAAUGAAUUUCACUGUUUAUUAUUGUCAUAUUGUAGAAUUUUAAUCAUGUAAUUGUAUUUAAAUUUUUGUUAAUUGUAUAAAUAAAAUAGUGAUUAAUGUGCCAAUUAUGUCACAGAUUUGUGCAAUAUAUCCAGCUUUAAGAAGUAAAAUCCAGCAAAACUUGAUUGUUGCCAGAUGGAGAAAACAUGAUCAUUUGUAUUCAGAAAUUUGACUUUCAGUAAUGUUUCUAAACAAAGCAUAUAUUGCAAUAUAGAUAAGAAUAAUGGGUUCUGAUUGCUCAUAAAAAAUUAAAUAGGCUGCAUUGAAAGAAGAACAGAGAUUGUUGUGACUUAAUCCUCUGCUUCAAGUAUUUUUUUGUUAUUGCAAACAAAAGAAUAAUAAUUUUAUGUGGAAUUUUGUCAUAUUUUAAAGGUAUGUCUCAUUUUUUGUUGUUAGUUGUGUCGUGAUUUUUUUUUUUUUUAUUAUUAAAUUGGUGUUAUAACCAAUGUCUGAUCUUUACAAGGUCUUAUUAUAAGUUGAUUUAUUUUGGUUGUAUGACAUUUUUACUAUUACGUGUAUAUCAUGUUUCACUUUGUAUGGAUCACACAUGAAGUACAUGCAUUUUUUUCACUAUCUUGUAUUGCUUGGUUUGUUACAGAAGCUUUCUUACAAUAUCUGACAGAGGCAUAGACAAUUUCCAGUACCAUUAUGCUAUAAACCUAUUUCACCUAUGUCGUAGAAAUUUUGUAUUGAAGUAAAGUAAAACAAAGGCUCAAAAUUUUUCAAAAUCUCUGAAAAUGGCAGUUUUUGGGCAUUUAUAUGUUGUAUAUGUAUUUAGAAAUAAGCCAAAAUAUUGUUAGAACUUUAAAGUACACAUGUUUGACUAUGAUACAAUCAAUUUGUGUAAAUAUUGAAAGACUUUUGAUAAUUUUCCAUGAGGAAAAUGGCCCUACUACUAUAAUAUUCCAGAGGACGGAAAGGCCCCUUGUCUUUUGUCUGUAAGAAAAUAACAUCAUUUAUAUUUUAAACUUGGCUUAUUUGAAAAAUAAUCUGGCAUUGAAGGAGGCAUUGUAUAAAUUCCAAUGCUAAAUGAUUGUGUCAAUAAUGUAAAGUAGAUUUAUGUAUAUGUUGCAUGUACUUCAUGUGUGGUACAAUUAUGUGUGUAUGAACUUGAUAUUAAGUCAUCUUUCUGUUGUAGGAUUAUUCUGUUAAUGAUAUUUUUCUUGGUUUCAUGGUUCCUAGCUUUGUCUUGAUUGUUAUGGUCAGUGUGUUUUGUCUGCUGGACAUAUAAAUGUAUAUCAGAUAGAAUUAUUAUUUAUAUAGUUUGUUAAGUUUAAUCAGAUCUGUUAUUGUUGAUGUCAUUUAAAGUAUAACUGUAUUCAGGGGUUUAGACCCCAGGUUAAUGUUGUUUUAGGUUGAUUCUUUACACUGCUAUAUGUAUAUAAUUAGAUAUUUACAUGUUCCUCUGCUUAUUUAUUGAUUUUAAUGUGGUAUAUCUGUAUAAUGCUAACAUUAAGUAGAAGAAAUGAAAUGAUUGUCAUGUUGUUUGGAAACAGCUUUAAAUCCGUCCUGUAAUUCAUAUUCUAUCGGAAAAUUAUAUGUAGUUUUUAAAAGUGUGUAUUUUGUAUUGUUUUAUAAUUGUUUUAAUGAUAAUAUGAAAUAUGAAAAUUUCAUGCCAUGUUCAUACAAACUAGAAUUGCUUAUAUAUUGUAAAAGCAUCUAUUAUUAACAACUGUAUUAUUUGGGAUAUUAAUUAACUGAAUCAGCUUAGACCAGUUCUUCAAACAAAUCACUACAGUUGUGAAUAUAUUCAACCUAACUAAUGGAUAGUUGCACUUGUGUAUGUCAUUUACCAAUAGGAAUUGAAUCUUUUUACAGGGUGACUUAUUCUAAAUAAGAAAGGAAAAGAAGGGAUAAGGUGUACUAAUUCAUGACAAGAAAUCCAUACAAGCAAUGGACAAAGCAAAGGAACAGUGCUUUUAUUGGUGUUCUUCAUCUCAAAAUAACAGUAAGGCCUUCAACAUGAAACAAAAGCUUUCACCUGACUGCAAGUUCAAGGUGGCCCAUAACUCUGGGUUGAGCAAAUUUCUUUGCCAGAUGGCCAGAAGGCUAUAUUUGUACAUUGAAGACCAUAGCUAUAGGUUAAUUACAGACUAUAACAAUAACCAUUACUCUGACAGAAAAAUAUGUGCACUGUCCUUCAUGUUGUAGUUGUACAAUGACCAGUACAUUUUCUCGCCCAGCUUAUGUUGUUAAAAGGGUUUAUAGAUUAAUCAUAUGGUAAAAUACAACUUAAGGAAUAUGAGGAUUAACUUGAUCAAUGGUUGACCAUUGUUUAAUUAUUUCGCUGAUCUUACUGUGGAUUCAUUUAUUUUUCGUAGAUUGAGAUGGAUAUUUGAUAUCAUUUUUUUACCAAAUCUGCAUACAAAGACUAGGAAAUUUUUAUUUUGUGAAACAUUCAUAUUUGUUGUUUGCCUAUGUCUACGAAAUCCACGAAAAUUAGUAAAAAUGAUUUGGCUGUAAUCAGUUUUUCAAUUUCACAUUGGAAUUUAUUCUCAGUCUUUAAAUUCUUUGUUUGCCUCUCGGAAGUUAUUUUUUCACUCUAUUUACAUUACCGGUAUUAGCAAUUACACCAUACUCUUUUGUCCUAAGUUGGAUUUUACACAACGUAAAACAGAGGAUAAUAUACAAUACUGGUAAAGUUUUUGGACUUCAGUGAGACAAUAUAAGUGCACAGUUUUAUGGUAUGGACUAUAUACUAGUAAGAUAUUUACUGCUUUUUAGCUCACCUGGCUCAAAGGGCCAAGUAAGCUUUUCUCAUCACUUGGCAUCUGUCGUUAUCGUCCAUUAACUUUUACAAAAAUCUUCUCUGAAACUACUGGGCCAAAUUAAAUCAAACUUGGCCACAAUCAUCAUUGAGUUAUCUAGUUUAAAAAAUAUGUCCGAUGACCUAGCCUGCCAACCAAGAUGGCUAAAAAUAGAACAUAGGGGUAAACUGCACGAAGAGGAUGAGUGAGUGAGUAAACUGCAAGUUUUGUCUAUUAUUUGGAAAACCGCUAUCAAUAGAGAAAAUCUGACAAAAUCUGACAUGGGCAAAAAUGUUCAAAAUGUAGAGCUCUACCUAUUGUCUAUUUACACCAAAACUGUCAGACAACUUGUUAUAGGAGUUAUUGCCCUUAAAUGACGAUUUAUACCAUUUUUUUGCAUCUUUGCCUAAUAUAUUAAAAAUUGUAAUAGAUAGGUAGAAACUUAAAUAUACAAAAAUGGUCAGCAAGACAAGAUCUACUAUUUAGUCAUAUGGAGGAAAUCGUCUUACGACUCCUUAUUAGAGUUUUUGCCCUUGAAUGAUGAUUUUUACCAAUUUUUGCAUUUUUGCCUUAUAUCUUAAAAAUUAUAAUAGAUAGAUAGAAACUUAAAUAUGCAAAAAUUAUCAGCAUGACAAGAUGUACUAUAAAGUCAAUAUGGAGGAAAUGGUCCAAAAACUCCUUAUUGGAGUUAUUACCCUUUAAUGAUGAUUUUUACAAUUUUUUUUGUGCUUUGCCAUAGAUAUACAGAAACUUAAAUAAGCAAAAAUGAUCAGCAAGAUGAGAUCUACAAUUAUGUUAUAUACUGUUGAAAUUGGCAGACAACUCUUUAUUAGAGUUAUACCUAAAUACUUUGAAACCUUUAAGUGAUAUUUAGACACUUUUAAGUAGCAAAGAUGAUCAAUAAGACAAGAUCUACAAGUUACUAAAAUUUUGCCGAAAUCAUUAGGAGACACUUUAUCAGAUUGAUUGCCAUUGAAAUGACUUUUUUUUUUUUAUCCUUUUUUGUGUUUUGGGCAAAAACUAAAGAAGAUAGAGAGAAACUGUAAAUAGAAAAAAUGAUCAGUAAUACAAGAUUAACAAAAAGAGAUUUUUGUCAUUAAUUCUAUUCUAGUCCACAAUGUUGGAGAGUGUCCAUUGUUGAAGAUGCACAUUGACCUAGGUAAGCGACACAGGCUCUUUAGAGCCUCUAGUUUUAUUCUUGGGGUCUGGAUGAUUUUUUUAUCACAAUUAUUUAUUUUAUGAGACAAUGGUGCAUGAAUAUUUAUUUUCAUUUUUCAUGCACAACUAUUCCAACAUUUUGUGGGUCAAGAUACUUAUUUUUCAAGCUGCCUUUUGAAAGAUUAUUUUUUGCCAGUUGCGAUGCCAGGUAAAUAUUUUUUUUAAAUUCUCUCCCCCCCCCCCCCCCCCUAGAAUAUCCAAUGGUUGUCCCCAAGUAAUAAUUGGUUCCAUGUGUGAUCAUUUAUUGAAAUAAGCCAAAGAAACGGAGAAGUUUUAGUUGAGUGGGAAAAAAAUACUUUUGAACCAGCUGUAGCUUGACAGACAUAACAAAGAGUGUGACAAAGGUUUUGUUGUUUGACUUGUUUCUCAAUCUAGUGCUGAAUAGCCAUCAUUAGAAGUGUUUCAUGUAAGGUAGACAUAAACUAUUCAAAAAUAUAUGAUCAUUAAGCAUUCACUAUAUGUUCUUCCAUGCACACCACCCAUUUUUUCAACCCCUAUACAUAGUAUACUGAGGUUCUUCUAUGCACUCCUUCCAUCUUUUGACCCCUGUAUACUGAGGUGCUAUAAAUCUAGUCUGUCAUUAAAGGACAGUAUUUAUCAUUCAUAUUGUCUUAUAUUGUUUUAGUUUUAUGACUCGAAAUACAAAUGAUAUGGAUUUCGAAGCUUAAAGAUUUAUAAAGUGUUUGUGUUAGCAUUUGUUAGUUACAAGAUAUUAAUACCUUUUCAUAUAAUAUGUCCAUAUUGUUUGUAAAAAAAUUAAAUAAAAAUAGAUUUAAAUUUAUAAAA